CAGAUCUCCACGUCAGCAAAUCUCCGUCGAAAACUCGCCUGAGAAACCAAGAAACUUUACAAUCAUGAUUCCUUACGUAACGGUUGAGGAAGCUUCCUUCGCGCUCGGAAGAAACCUCACGUGGUUGGAGACAGUUUGGUUCGAUUACUCCGCCACAAAGUCAGACUACUAUCUCUACUGCCACAACAUUCUCUUCCUAUUCCUCGUCUUCUCUCUAGCUCCUCUCCCUCUGGUUCUCGUCGAACUGGCUCGAUCCGCUUCUGGGUGGUUCGACCGGUACAAGAUCCAACCCAAAGUAAACUACUCCUUGUCCGACAUGUUCGGGUGUUACAAAGACGUCAUGAAGAUGUUCAUCCUCGUCGUUGGUCCGUUACAACUCGUUUCUUAUCCUUCUAUUCAGAUGAUUGGGAUACGAUCUGGGUUGCCAUUACCAACACUUUCAGAGAUGCUGCCACAGUUGUUCGUCUACUUCUUGAUAGAAGACUACACAAACUAUUGGGUGCAUAGAUUCUUCCACAGUAAGUGGGGAUACGAGAACAUUCAUCGUGUUCAUCAUGAGUACACAGCUCCUAUUGGAUACGCUGCACCUUAUGCCCAUUGGGCUGAAGUGUUGCUUCUUGGAGUCCCAACGUUUAUGGGACCAGCGAUUGCUCCAGGUCACAUGAUAACCUUUUGGUUGUGGAUAGCUUUAAGACAAAUUGAGGCUAUAGAGACUCACAGUGGAUAUGAUUUUCCAUGGAGUCCAACAAAAUACAUCCCUUUCUAUGGUGGUGCUGAGUACCAUGACUACCAUCACUACGUUGGAGGACAAAGCCAGAGCAACUUCGCUUCAGUCUUUACUUAUUGUGAUUACAUUUAUGGAACUGACAAGGGUUACCGAUUCCAAAGGAAGCUUCUUGACCAGAUCAAAGAGUCGUCCAAGAAGAGCAACAAGCAGAAGGGAGGAAUCAAGUCCAAUUAGUAAAUUAAGAUAUGGUCCUGUUGAAGAAGUUACUUGUGGAAAAGAUGUAGGCAAAACUAGACAGCUUCACGAAAAAAAAAGAUAAGGGGAGUAAUACUAGUAAUUGAUAUUUUUCAGGUGUCUCUUCUAUAAAUUUCUGCAAAGUUGUUACUAACUGCUUUUCUUUAAGUUCACAUGAAAACUGCUGCGUCCGACAAAUGUGGGUCAUGACAUAUAGGUGUGUGUCGGGACUGGGUGUUGCUCUUUUCUCGCAUUUUAUUUUGUUUCGUCUUGGAGAAUGCAUUAUAUGUCAUCAAAGCCGUAUUUGUUCUUAUUCAAAUGUAUUUGAUAAAUCUUUGUUCGUACUUAUCACUACUUUGGUAAAU